CCGCUAUUGUUCGAUACAAGAGGACGUCUGUCCACCCCGCCUCUCGUAACAAAGACGCUUCGACUGCUGCAGCCCUAGCAUAGACUCGCGUAAACGAAAUAUCGAAGGAUCUGCGAGAGAGAGGAUAGGAAGGGUAGAAUAUAUCGAGAGAGGGCUUAGUGCAAAUAUCCUGUUGAAAGACGGGCAAAAUGGGUUUAUUGGCACUGGGGACACCUCUAGAUUGGCCGGAGGCGAAGAAGAAUGCACAUCAGGUACGGGAGUGGGGUGUCAAGCAACUUCUUGCUAUCUGGAAUAAGGCUAAAGGCAAAGAGAGAGAUGCGUUAUUAUGGGGUGACGAGAUCGAAUACUUGGUUGUCAACUACAACAAGGACGAUCCCAAUGUUACGUUAUCUCUACGUCAAGCAGAUAUUCUCCAUGCUCUCGCCCAAGAUGAGGAGCUCUGUGACAAUGGAGGUUGCGUACCGGAUUUGCAGAACGUGAAGAGAGAACAAGGACCUCCACUUCCAAUCUUCCAUCCUGAAUUUGGUCGAUUCAUGCUGGAGGCUACUCCUGGUAAACCAUGGGGAAUUGGAUUUAAAGAUCUCCUAGACGUUGAACCAAACAUGAAACUCAGACGUAAAAUUGCCAAAGAGCAUAUGAAUGCAGAGGAAUAUCCAAUAACAUUAACAACAUAUCCACGAUUAGGGAGUCCUGGUACCUUCACUUCACCAUACUAUCCCCCUUCUGGACCAAGACUAAGGUCCCAAUUUGUGCCCGACGAGAUUGCCAAUCCCCACAUCCGUUUUCCAACUCUAGCAGCAAACAUUCGAUCUCGGAGAGGGCGAAAAGUUCAAGUCAAUGUUCCAGUCUUCAGAGAUGAGAAUACUCCUUGGCCCUGGAAAGACCCCACCGUCAACUAUGAUCUUCAUAAUUGGCCUGAAGAUCAUGACGUUCGAAAUGGAGCUUCACCAGACAAUUUCAUACAUAUGGAUGCAAUGGCAUUUGGUAUGGGAAGCUGCUGCUUACAGAUCACUUUUCAAGCCAAAAACAUAACUGAAGGAAGGAAGAUGUACGACCAGCUCAGCCCAUUGGGGCCAAUUUUACUUGCUUUAACAGCAGCAACCCCGAUUUACAAGGGGUUCUUAGCAGAUACAGACAUCAGGUGGAAUCAGAUCAGCUCUGCUGUGGAUGAUCGAACACCGGAGGAACUUGGAGAAAAGCCUCUCAAAGAGAGUCGUUGGCGAAUGCCCAAAUCACGCUAUGCCCCUAAUUCUACAUACAUCUCGGAAGACUCCAGACUUCGGAAAGAGUAUCUAGACCCCAACUUGGUUAUCGACCCAGAUGUAAAGCAACAGCUUAUGGAUGGUGGCAUGGAUUCUGUCCUCGCCACGCACUUCGCGCAUCUCUUCAUCCGUGACCCCAUCGUCAUCUUCGCUGAAGAUCUACAAGAACUUGACCUCAGCAAAACAGACCACUUCGAGAACCUCCAAUCAACAAACUGGCAGCACAUUCGAUUCAAACCCCCUCCAGCAGGCAACGACAUUGGCUGGCGCGUCGAAUUCCGACCUAUGGAAAUCCAAGUCACGGAUUUCGAGAACGCUGCAUUCUCAGUAUUCAUGGUUCUCAUCACCCGAGCAAUCCUCAGCUUCGACCUUAAUUUCUAUAUCCCCAUCCAAAGGACAGAUGAGAACAUGGAAACCGCCCAUAGGCGAGAUGCCGUCUUAAACGACAAGUUCUACUUCAGAAAAAACCCCUUCCCAACCCGAGCCCCACGACCCUACUCCGCCAACGGCGGCUCCUCGUCAGGAACCAACACACCCGCAACCAUAAGCAGACCACCCACCCCGACCGGCCCCGUCGAAGACGAGUACGAAUUAAUGAGCAUCGACGAAAUCAUGAACGGCAGCCCAUCCUCCUCUUCCAACGACUUCCCCGGCUUGAUCCCCUUGGUAGAAAGCUAUCUCGACAGCAUGAACGUGGACGUCGAGACUCGCUGCGAAUUAGCCGCCUAUUUGGACCUCAUCCGGAAGCGGGCAAACGGCACGCUCUGGACGGCGGCGAAGUGGAUUAGGGAUUUUGUUGCGAAUCAUGGGGAGUAUAAGGGCGAUAGCGUGGUGGGGGAGAAGGUCAAUCAUGAUUUGAUUGGGGCGGUUAUUGCGAUUGAGAGUGAGAAGGGGAUGGGGGUUAGGAACCUGGAUCGGUUUUUGGGGAAGAUGGUUGGGCCUUGUGGUGGUGGUGGGUAGAUGGGGCAUAGAUAGCGUUGCUUUGCAGCCUUGUGGGUGUGUUUAAUGCAUUUUCUAUAUUGCUACGUAGUUUGGGUUUGAGUUGCGGGAAAGUCGUUGCUGUCAAGUCCUAGUUGGAUAGACAGGAAGUUUCUUGAUCGAAGUCGAAAUCAUGAAGUAUACAAGGUGGCAAGUGCUAUAUGAACUUCAACACAUUCCU